AUGCUGCGGGGGGGGGCCCCCGGCUCCCCCGGCCACAACGGGCUCCCCGGCCGGGACGGGAAGGACGGCAAAGACGGACAAAAGGGAGAGAAAGGCGAGCAAGGUGAACAAGGCCCCAAAGGCGACAACGGCGAAAUAGGAAGCCGUGGAACUGAAGGCCCAAGAGGGUUUCCAGGAACCCCAGGGAUGAAAGGGGAGAAGGGAGAAGGUGCCUACAUUUACCGCUCUGCCUUCAGCGUGGGGCUCGCGGGCAGAGCCCCUCACCCCAACGUCCCCAUCCGAUUCAGCAAGAUCUUCUACAACGAGCAGAGCCACUACGACGCGACGACAGGCAAGUUCCACUGCAGCAUCCCCGGCAUGUACUAUUUCGCCUACCACCUCACAGUGUACCUGUCGGACGUCAAGGUCAGCCUGUACAAGAAGGACAAGGCAGUGCUCUUCACCUAUGACCAGUUCCAGAAGAACAACGUCGACCAAGCAAGCGGUUCUGUGUUGCUUCACCUCAACGCCGGGGAAGAAGUCUGGCUUCAAGUGUAUGGGGAAGGGGAAAACAACGGCGUCUAUGCCGACAACAUCAACGAUUCUACUUUCAUGGGAUUCCUCCUUUACCCGGACUUGGAUCUCCAUUAAAGUAGGAGGUUGUGCACGGGAGAGGACGCGGUGGCUUAACCCCAGAAUUGAGCUCUAGGGCGCUAUACCUAUACUAUACUUCUUGGCAAUUGCAGUACCCACAAAGGACAAUUUUCCAAGGGUGGAGUCCUAUCU